AUGUUUGCAACUAGAAAUAUAACCAUUGGUGUCAGAACACUCAGACCAACCAGUUUCUUGAAAACAAGGUCUUUUCUGCAACAGAGGCUACAAUCAACGCUAAAGAAGAGCUAUGAACCAACCAAAUCCGAGCUCGACAUUGCAAGCAAGAUGUCCUGGGAACAGUUUCUAACCAUGAGAAAGCAACAGAGAAGAUUGGGAGGCAUUGGGUCCAUUGCAGCAGCAAUUUUGGCAAUGGGCGCCUCCUUCUCGUAUUUCUCACAGAUUGAAAUCGAUCCUACUGAGACCUUGUUUGGUCUAGAUAUAUUCACCGUUUAUAUUGGUGCAAUAUUGUGUACUGGGUUUGUUGGCUUCAUGCUUGGUCCGGCAGUUAUUGGCGACCCAUUGUUUGCCAUCAUCAACAGGAAAAACAUGGCCACUUUCAGAAUAAAGCAAAAGUUGUUUCUAAAGCACAUUGCCAAGAUGAGGGUCGAUGCUUCAAGACAGAGCAUGAACAACCCAGUUCCAGAUUAUUACGGCGAGAAAAUCGGUUCUCUGAAAGACUACAGACAAUGGUUAAGAGACUGCAAUGAAUACAGAAGAAAGGCAAAGGAGUUCUUAUAA